AUGGAAAAUUUAAAUCAUGUUUCAAAUGACUUUAAUGACAUUACCACUGCCGAUGAUAACUUAGGUCGUGGUAAUAAUUCUGAAGGUCCAGUUGCUACUCUCGUUCAAGAUCCUGAUCCAACUUAUGGCAUACCUGAUCUUCAAGCCUACCUAAAUGAACAAUUGA